AUGAUUGCUCUCAUUUCUUUGAUUCUGGCUUUUUUGGCUCCACAGGCUCAAGCAGUCAUCGGAGGAGAUCUUAAUUUCCCCCGUCUCAACUGUGCCACAAUCACCAACUCUCAAUGUCUCUCUGCCGCCUGGCGUACCAUCAUCGCCACCGACUGCCCCUCCGCGUGCGGAUUCUGUAACUCUGGUGGAUGCGUCGACGCUGUCAUGGAUUGUGCCAACGACCGUUCCAUCUGUACCGGCGUUGGAAUGCAAGACUUUGUGAAUACAUACUGCCAAAGAACCUGCAAUAGAUGCGCGUCCUCCACUACGCGUUCCUCAGUCAUCUCCUCGGCAACCUGCACAUCAUACAUUGCCGACUCGUCAACCAAUUGCAGAAACUGGAGUACCAAUGGAUUCUGCACGAAUACAUUCUACACUUUGGCUCAAAGAAGAUCAUAUUGUGCCACCACUUGCAGAAUUUGCUAG